CUCAAACACAGAGAUGGAGUGAAUGCAGUAGGAGUGAGCAGGUAUCCGACAGGUGGACGGGACUGGUGCGUUUGGAAGAGGGAAUCUCAUCAACUAUCAAUUAUCAAAAUCACCACCUUAAAGAACAGAACCAAGACUCAAGGAGGAGGAAGCAAGUAGACGCCUCGUGCAGCUUUGUAGUUUCCCAGGCCGAUGGUGGACUGUGAAGAGGUUCCAAUGGAUGCUCAGGUGGAAAAGGAGAGAGGAGAUGAGGAGAAGGAAGGUGGGCAAAGCAAGUCUAUCCUCUCUCCACAGCUAAAAGCCAUGAUCCGGAUCAAGAAGAAGUACCUAAAGAGAUCUAAUUCAGUCAGGUCAAGCACUAACUCGGCUGAGUCUGAUGGGAGUUUGCACCCUAAGAGUCCCCAGACCAGGAAGUCCAAGCGCAGGAAGUCCCGUGUGCUGUUCCCAAAUGACACUUUGAUAUUCAAGCCAAAGAAAGAGCGCAGCGGGGCGAAACCUUUCCUGCUGCUUUUCAGCGUGAUCGUCUUCUUCCAGGUCUACAACGCUAUUGAGAAUCUGGACGACCAUGUGUUGAAGUAUGAUCUCGAAGGUUUGGAAAGGUCGCUGCACAGGGAAGUGUUUGGCCAGCUGGAGGCGCUAGAGGAGCUGAUGGAGCAUCUGAACGAUUACCUGUCCACUUACGCCCACCAGCAACCCCUCGCCCUGUCUUUGCACGGGGCGUCCGGCGUCGGGAAGAGCCACCUGGGUCGCCUGCUGGCGCGCCACUUCCGCUCUGUGGUCGACGACAAGCUAGUGGUGCAUUAUUUAUCCAAACACCACUGCCCCCUACAGGACGCGGCGCAGCACUGCGCCUCCAAACUAGCUCAGCGUAUAUCAGAGGUAGUGACUCGAGCCGAGGAAGAGGAGCAGAUUCCCUUCUUCAUCCUGGAUGAGGUGGAACUGAUGCCACCUCCGCUGCUGGACAUCUUGCAGAUGUUUCUUCAGUCCAAUCAGACCAAUGAGUUUCUGAACGUGGUUUAUGUUUUUCUCAGCAGUCUGGGGCAAAGAGAGAUCACAGCUCAUGUUCUUCAAAAUGCCUCCACCGCCGGGGCCCAUAAACCACUCCGACGGGCCCUGUCUCUCAUCCAUCCUCUAUGGAUGGAGCCCGCGGUCGAACUCAUCCCUCUUUCCCUGCUGGAGCGGGAACAUGUCAUACAGUGCUUUCUAGAGGAAAUGACCCUCGAAGGGUUUUACCCUGAGCUCAGUCAUGUAGAGAGACUGGCAGAUGAACUGGCCUAUCACACAGCAGCUGGAAGACAGUACGCAAAAACUGGAUGCAGACAAGUAGUGGGAAAAGUGAACUUGCUUUAAGAGAGCUUCAGAAAAUGUGCACUAUUCUCAUUAUUCAGCCAUCUCAGAAUCACAUUUUAGUGUCACACUACACUGAAAUAAGACAUAUUCAGCAAGGAUGCACUAAACUGAUGAAAAGUGACAGUGAAGAUGUUUAUAAUAUUUCAAAAUAGUUCUAUUUCAAAUAAAUGCUGUUCUUUUGAGCUGUCUAUUCA